AUGGCGACGUUUACGAGGAUCGCGGACGAUGAAAGCCCGUCUAUCACCAUCCAUCCCAACCACAAAAUCGCCAGGGUCAACAACAACAUCUAUGGCGGGUUCACUGAGCACAUGGGCCGCUGCAUUUACGGCGGUAUCUACGACCCCGGAAAUUCUCUAUCCGACGAAAAUGGCUUCCGAAAGGACGUCAUAGAAGCGAUGAAAGAGUUGAACGUCCCGGUGGUAAGGUAUCCGGGAGGUAACUUCGUCGCGACCUAUCAUUGGCUCGAUGGCGUUGGACCUAAAGAGAACAGGCCGAAGAGGCCUGAGCUCGCAUGGCUCGGAAUCGAGUCGAACGAAUUCGGGACCGAUGAGUUCAUGAAAUGGUGCGAGAUCGUUGGCACUGAGCCCUAUUUGUGCCUCAAUUUCGGCACUGGCACUCUAGAUGAAGCCCUAGGAUGGCUAGAAUACUGCAACUCCACCCAAGACACACACUACGCGAACCUCCGCCGCAAGAACGGUCGCGACAAGCCCUACAAGGUCAAAUACUGGGCCCUAGGCAACGAAUGCUGGGGCCCCUGGCAAGUCGCCCAGCUCACCAAAGAGGACUACGCGAAGAAAGCCUACCAAUGGGCCAAAGCGCUCAAACUUCUCGACCCCUCCAUAACCCUCAUUCUGUGCGGCGAAACUGGCUACUCCUCGUGGGACUACUACGUGCUGAAAGAGUGCGUGAAGUGGGACGUCCAUGGGCUCAGCGGGGAUAACACGAAGAGCCUCAUCGACAUGCACAGUAUACAUAUGUACACCGCAGAUAAAGAGCACUUACCCAAUGCGACAGCGCCCAGGGGUGCCGAGCGCGCGAUCCAGAUGGCAAGCGCGCUGAUCGAUCUCGCGAGAAUCGAGAACAAGGUCCCCGAAACGGUGCCCAAGCAGACGAUCUGCUUCGACGAGUGGAAUGUCUGGGAUCCAGUGCGUGCUCCCGGUGAGCAGGGAGCGGAGGAGAAGUACACGCUCUCGGAUGCGCUCGCAGUGUCGGUCUUCCUGAACGGCUUCAUCCGGCAGGCGAAGGAUAUGGGCAUGGCGAAUAUCGCGCAGUCUGUCAAUGUCAUCUCGCCACUUAUGACGAGCAAGGAGGGGAUCGUUAAGCAGACGACUUGGUGGCCGCUGCUGCUGUUCAGCAAGUACAUGCGUGGGCACAGUGUUGCAGUGAAUGUGCGGAGCCCGGAGUAUACGGGGCGCACGAAUCCGAAGUGGAUCCGUGGGACUACUGAGACACCGUAUCUGGACUGCAGUGCUACGGUGUCGGAUGAUGGGUACGUGAGUCUUGCGGUGGCGAAUUUGAGUGAAGAGAAGGCUUUUGAGGUGCCGCUAGAGGGUUUGAAGGCGGAGACGGUCGAGGUAUAUACGGUGAAUGGGGAUAGUGUGGAUGUUGUGAAUGCGGCAGGGGAACAUAAAGUGGGGAUCAAGGAGAGUUCGUGGGAUGGAAAGGGUCCUUUCAAGUUCGGAAAACACUCUUUUACCCUGCUGCGAUGGAAAGCUGGCGCGGCAUAG